AUGGUGAGGCAUGCGAAGCUUCAAAAGAGUGACAUCAUGUUCAUUCUUGGUGAGAGCAGUUGCGUCGGAACGUUCGCUGUGCAAUUCGUGCAUGCCAUGGGUGUCUGUGUGGUUGCUACGACAAGUUCGCGGAAUGUUGAGCUGGUGACGUCGCCCAAGUCAUUGACUACACCAAAAACAAAAAUGGGUAGAUGUUUUAUAGCCGCGCUCCAUCGAUGCUGUGAUAUGGAACCCUCGGUUUGGAACGAUGACGCUCAAUUGAUUCUGAAGAAAAUACGGGUCGUUUUAUCACGAUUUUUCCGAUGGCAAAGCCCGAAAAAAGAGUCCGAGUUCGGUGCCCAGCUUGUCGGUGAGGUCUACAAUACUGAUCCAUCCGCUGAAAAGUUCGAUACGAUCACAAAGUACAUCGAGAAUGGGAACGUCAAGCCAUUAUCGACACGGGUGUAUCCGUUUGAAAAGGUGCUGGAUGCCAAUGCCAAGUUGAAUACGUACCGCACGAGGUAAGCUCGUUAUUGUAGUAGAUCCUUGAGGUUGUUCUGGUCGGUCCGAAGAAAUAUAUAUAU